UACAUGUGUAGUCUAAUGUGUUUAGUGCAAAGUAUCUGAAACCGUCUGAAAAUAUUUAUCUUUCUACUUCACUCAAACUGUAAAAACUGUUGGAAAGGCCCUUAAAGUCAGAUGAGAGACGAAAGUUGUUAAAUAUUUAGGUUACUGACAGAAAGCUCAAUUUGACAAACGAAAAAAGUUUGUUUCUUUCAUGCUUCAUCUGUUCACGUUAAGAUACUAUUUACGAGAAUUUUAUUUACAGUCCCACCUUUUAAUACUCAAUUUUCUACGUUGGAGGAACAGAAUGCAGCUGAAAUACAGCAGUUGGUAAAUAGAUUGCGGAAUAUUGACCCCUUAAUUAUGCUUGGUGAUUUUAACGCUGGGCCCAGAGCAAGGUUCAUCAAUCCAUUUGAACAACCUUCCUACGAUGUCCUUGCCUCUGUCUUCACAACGAUGUUGGUAAGAGAACCCACGUAUUCUGCAGAUAACCCAUACAACGGUGGUACAUCAGCUCCAGAUGUGGCAGUAGACCAUGUGUUUGGUAGUCGGAAUGUCAAAAUCUUGAAUGCCGAGGUUGUGCUUAAGGAAGACCAUAUCUCUGUGGGGGAACAGAGACUACCAUUGAGUGACCAUUACGGUGUCGAGGCAUUUAUAAAAGUGUGUAGAACAAGGAGGCGAUACACAAAAUAUCAAAACAGACGUGUAACUAUUCUGUACAUCUAA